AUGUCCAAUUUCGUCACUACACCCCCACAACUACAACAAGCGCUCCUAUCCUUCCCAGCACCACACGUCCUCCUAGUGACACUCAAUCGACCGCGCGAUCUCAACUGCAUAAAUGCACAAGGCCAUGUGGAUCUAAACGCAGCGUGGGAAUGGAUGGACGCCGAGCCCAGUCUGCGUGUAGGCAUAAUAACAGGAACAGGCCGUGCCUUUUGCGCCGGCGCAGAUCUGAAAGGUGAACGAAUUUCCUCUCACCCUAAACCUAAACCUCAUAUUAAAUGGAUAUGGAGUAAGGAUAUACGCUCACUAUAUCUAGAAUGGAAUAAAGUCUCGUCUACAAAUACCCACGUGGCAAUGCCGAAUGCCGGAUUCGGCGGUCUUGCUCGCCGCAAAGGUCUCAAACCGGUUAUUUGCGCUGUGAAUGGGAUCUGCUUAGGCGGUGGUACGGAGAUGAUAGUGAAUAGUGAUCUAGUUCUUGCAUCUUCGCGCGCGACGUUUGGGUUGCCGGAGGUGAAGCGUGGGGUUGUCGCGUUGGCUGGUGCGUUGCCGCGACUUGUAAGGACGGUUGGGAAGCAGCGGGCUUUGGAGAUGGCUUUGACUGGGAGGACUUUAGGGGCUGAAGAGGCGAGGGGGUGGGGGCUUGUUAACGAUGUUGUUGUUGUUGGGGAUGGGGUUUCUGAGGAGGAUGUUUGUAAGGCUGUUGUUGCGCGGGCGUUGGAGGUUGCUGGUGUUAUUACUGGUAAUAGUCCUGAUGCGGUUAUUGUUAGUCGUGAGGGAAUCAAGUUGGGAUGGGAAGGGAUUGGGGCUGAUGAGGCGGGUGUCAUGUUGAAUGAUGUCUGGUUGAGCAGGUUGAAUAGAGGUGAGAAUAUGAAGGAGGGAUUGAAAGCAUUUGUGGAGAAGAGGAAGCCAGUUUGGAGGGAUAGUAAAUUAUGA